AUGAGAUCCCGAAACCAGGGUGGUGAAAGUUCAUCCAAUGGGCAUGUCUCCUGCCCCAAGUCCUCCAUCAUCAGCGAUGCUGAUGAUAAAAGUCUCUCAGAAGAUGCAAAAAAGAAGAACAAAUCCAAUAGAAAGGAGGAUAAUGUCAUGGCCUCAGGAACUGUCAAACGACACCUAAAACCAUCUGGAGAAAGUGAACGAAAGAAUAAGAAAUCCUUGGAGUUAUCCAAAGAAGACCUCAUCCAGCUGCUCAGUAUCAUGGAGGGGGAGCUGCAGGCCCGGGAAGAUGUGAUCCACAUGCUGAAGACAGAGAAAACCAAGCCUGAAGUUCUGGAGGCUCAUUAUGGGUCUGCGGAGCCGGAGAAAGUGCUGCGGGUCCUGCACCGAGACGCCAUCCUAGCCCAGGAGAAGUCCAUAGGCGAGGAUGUCUAUGAGAAACCGAUUUCAGAGCUGGACAGACUUGAGGAAAAACAGAAAGAAACCUACCGGCGCAUGCUGGAGCAGCUGCUGCUGGCCGAGAAGUGUCACAGGCGCACGGUGUACGAGCUAGAGAAUGAGAAGCACAAACACACCGACUACAUGAACAAGAGCGACGAUUUCACCAACCUGCUGGAGCAGGAGCGGGAGAGGUUGAAAAAGCUCCUUGAACAAGAAAAGGCUUACCAAGCCCGUAAAGAAACAGAAAAUGCUAAGCGGCUUAAUAAACUAAGAGAUGAGCUUGUGAAACUCAAGUCCUUUGCACUCAUGCUGGUGGAUGAAAGGCAAAUGCAUAUUGAGCAACUUGGCCUGCAAAGCCAGAAAGUACAGGAUCUUACGCAGAAACUGAGGGAAGAAGAAGAAAAGCUCAAGGCCAUUACUUUCAAGUCAAAAGAAGACAGGCAGAAACUGCUCAAGUUAGAGGUGGAUUUUGAACACAAGGCUUCAAGGUUUUCCCAAGAGCAUGAAGAGAUGAAUGCGAAGUUGGCUAAUCAAGAGUCUCACAACAAGCAACUCAGACUCAAGCUGGUUGGCUUAACUCAAAGAAUCGAGGAGCUGGAAGAGACCAACAAAAAUCUUCAAAAGGCAGAGGAAGAACUUCAGGAAUUAAGAGAUAAAAUUGCCAAAGGGGAAUGUGGCGACUCCAGCCUCAUGGCGGAAGUGGAAAAUCUCCGGAAGCGCGUGCUUGAAAUGGAGGGUAAAGAUGAGGAGAUCACUAAAACUGAGUCCCAGUGCAGGGAACUGAGGAAGAAGCUGCACGAGGAAGAGCACCAUAGUCGGGAGCUCAAACUGGAGGUGGAGAAGUUACAGAAGAGAAUGUCUGAACUGGAGAAAUUGGAAGAAGCAUUUAGCAAGAGUAAAUCUGAAUGUACCCAGCUACACUUAAAUCUGGAGAAAGAGAAGAACUUAACCAAAGACCUGUUAAACGAAUUGGAGGUGGUCAAGAGUCGAGUUAAAGAACUGGAAUGUUCUGAAAGUAGAUUGGAAAAGGCUGAAUUAAGCCUAAAAGAUGAUCUUACAAAGUUGAAGUCAUUUACUGUGAUGCUGGUUGAUGAAAGGAAAAAUAUGAUGGAAAAAAUAAAGCAAGAAGAGAGAAAAGUGGAGGGACUCAAUAAAAAUUUUAAGGUGGAACAAGGAAAGGUUAUGGAUGUAACUGAAAAACUAAUUGAAGAAAGUAAGAAGCUUUUAAAACUGAAAUCUGAAAUGGAGGAAAAGGUAUACAAUUUGACAAAAGAGAGAGACGAGUUAAUAGGCAAGCUGAAAAGUGAGGAAGAAAAAUCCUCUGAAUUAAGCUGCAGUGUUGACUUAUUAAAGAAGAGACUUGAUGGGAUAGAGGAAGUCGAAAGAGAAAUAACAAGAGGAAGGUCUCGAAAAGGACCUGAGCUCACCGGCCCAGAAGAUAACAAGAUUAAAGAACUAACACUUGAAAUUGAGAGACUGAAGAAACGUCUCCAACAAUUGGAGGUGGUCGAAGGGGAUUUGAUGAAGACGGAGGAUGAGUAUGAUCAGCUGGAGCAGAAAUUUAGAACCGAGCAGGAUAAGGCUAACUUCCUCUCUCAACAGCUGGAGGAGAUAAAGCACCAAAUUGCCAAGAAUAAAGCAAUAGAGAAAGGCGAGGCUGUGAGUCAGGAAGCGGAGCUGAGACACAGAUUUCGAUUGGAAGAAGCUAAAAGUCGAGACUUAAAAGCCGAAGUGCAAGCUCUUAAAGAGAAGAUUCAUGAAUUAAUGAACAAAGAAGAUCAACUUUCUCAGCUCCAAGUGGAUUAUUCUGUCCUUCAACAAAGAUUUAUGGAAGAAGAAAACAAGAACAAGAACAUGGGGCAGGAGGUCCUCAAUCUGACCAAAGAACUGGAGCUUUCGAAGCGGUACAGCCGAGCUCUUCGACCCAGCGUGAACGGGAGAAGAAUGGUGGACAUUCCCGUGGCGUCGACCGGAGUGCAGACGGAUGCCGUCAGCAGCGAGGCAGCGGAGGAAGACACGCCCGCGGUGUUUAUCCGCAAAUCCUUUCAGGAAGAGAAUCACAUCAUGAGUAAUCUUCGACAGGUGGGAUUGAAGAAACCUACGGAAAGAUCCUCGGUUCUAGACAGGUAUCCUCCAGCAGCAAAUGAACUCACUAUGAGAAAGUCUUGGAUUCCAUGGAUGAGAAAACGGGAAAACGGGCCCCCGGUAUCUCAGGAGAAAGGGCCUCGAACAAACUCCAGUCCAGGGCACCCAGGAGAGCUGGUCCUUUCGCCAAAGCAGGGCCAGCCCCUGCAUAUUCGAGUGACCCCAGACCACGAGAACAGUACUGCGACUUUGGAGAUAACGAGCCCAACAUCUGAAGAAUUUUUUUCUAGCACCACCGUCAUUCCUACCUUAGGGAAUCAGAAACCAAGGAUAACCAUUAUUCCAUCACCAAAUGUUAUGUCUCAAAAACCAAAAAGUGGAGACACUACUCUUGGCACAGAACGAGCCAUGUCCCCAGUCACAAUUACAACAUUUUCCAGAGAGAAGACCCCAGACAGUGGAAGAGGUGCGUUUGCGGACAGGCCCACAUCCCCCAUUCAGAUAAUGACAGUGUCUACGUCAGCAGCUCCAGCUGAGAUCGCAGUCUCGCCCGAAUCCCAGGAAAUGCCCGUGGGAAGGACUGUCCUCAAAGUCACCCCAGAAAAACAGACUGUUGCAACUCCAGUGCGGAAAUACAACUCCAAUGCCAAUAUCAUAACCACAGAAGACAACAAAAUUCACAUUCACUUAGGUUCUCAGUUUAAACGAUCCCCUGGGACUUCAGCUGAAGGAGCAAGUCCGGUUAUUACCGUCCGACCUGUGAACGUGACAGCUGAAAAGGAGGUUUCCACUGGCACCGUCCUUCGCUCCCCCAGGAACCAUCUCUCGCCACGACCUGGCGCGAGCAAGGUGACGAGCACUAUCACCAUAACACCGGUCACCACCUCCUCGACCCGAGGAUCCCAGGCAGUGUCGGCACAGGACGGGUCAUCCCAGCGGCCUGCACCCACCCGCAUUCCUAUGUCAAAAGGUAUGAAAGCAGGAAAGCCAGUAGUGGCAGCCCCAGGAGCAGGAACUCUGACCAAAUUCGAGCCUCGAGCUGAGACUCAGUCUAUGAAAAUAGAGCUGAAGAAAUCGGCCGGCAGCGCCACCUCUCCCGGCGGGGGGCAGGGCUGAGGGCAGUGGCUCAGGGGGUAUGUUGUGCGGACGCCGCUGCUGCCUGGACACGAGCCUGCGUCUGUUCGUGCCGACUCUUCACAUGUACUAACUUAAGUUUUAUAAAAUAAUCAACUAAUAGCCAUGUGUCUUUCCUAUUUUGUGAAUCUGUUUUGAUGCCGGGGAACAGAACUAACUUGCAAAACUACUGUCUGCCAUGUGCGUUGUUGAGGAUGCUGGGCCUGAGGCAGGGCCUGACUUGUAGUCCCACUUUUGCUUCUAGAAAGUGGACCCAUCAGUCAACCCAUAUGAGCCUCAGUUUCUUUGUCAGUAAGAUAUGGGGGCUGGAUCGCAUCCUCUCCAAAGCCACCCUGUAUUUCCUAAUUGUAAAUCAAAUUUAAUAGGCCUUGUUCCAUAAUAAUUGAUUUUUCAAAAAUUCUAUUAUGAAAUAGGAAAUAGUUUAACGAUUUUCAUUUGCCUUUAUCAAAUCCUGAAUUUGCUUCAUGUGCUGGAAAAAAACAUCUCGCUAUCACAGGGCCUGGACCCCUCAAGUAUUGCAAAUACAAAAGCCCCUGAGAGGAUUUCAGGAAAUAAUUUGAAUGUGAAAUAAAAUGGAAAUGAAAUAUGGAAUCCUAACAACAGAGUUUGACUUAUUUGUGUGUGUCUGUGUGUACUGUAGAGGUUUUGGCCAUCUCCAAAACAUUCCCAGAUUUCAUAGACAAUGAUUUU